AGUCGGGUUUAGGUUUAGACGCGCGUCGGUUUGAUGGGCGAUGGGUCUGAUCGCUCGCGUGCGGAAAGAAUGGUUUAUCAUCGGUAUAGUGUUGGUCAUCACGUGCGCCAAGCUCGCGCCGUCCGUGGGAGUGAAAGGAGGUCCUCUUCGGCCAGAGAUCACCAUCACCUACGUUGCAGUAUCUGUCAUCUUCUUCAACAGUGGCUUGUCUUUGAAAACAGAGGAGCUGGCGAGUGCGUUAAUGCACGUAAAGUUGCAUUUCUUCGUCCAGACUUUUACGCUAGUGUUUUUCCCCAUCGCCGUCUGGCUGCUCCUGAAAGUGCUGGCCCUGACGGCGAUCAACGAGUGGCUUCUCAGAGGGUUGCAGACGGUUGCAUGUAUGCCUCCUCCUGUUUCCUCUGCCGUCAUCCUCACUAAAACUGUAGGAGGAAAUGAGGCUGCAGCCAUUUUCAAUUCUGCAUUUGGGAGCUUUCUGGGGAUUGUGGUCACUCCUCUUCUGCUGCUGGUGUUUCUGGGCUCCUCGUCUUCUGUCCCGUUCACCUCCAUCUUCUCGCAGCUCUUCAUGACGGUGGUCGUCCCGCUCAUAGUUGGACAGGUGUGCAGGAGGUUCCUGAGAGAGUGCCUGGACCGCCGGAAGCCUCCGUUCGGGACGGUGAGCAGUGUCGUCCUCCUCAUGAUCAUCUACACCACCUUCUGCGACACCUUCUCCAACCCCAACAUCGAGCUGGACCACCUGAGCCUGCUGCUCGUCGUCUUCAUCAUAUUUUCCAUUCAGUUGAGCUUCAUGGCCCUGAUAUUUUUCCUGUCUACAAGGAAAUCCUCAGGAUUCACUGCAGCGGAUUCAGUCGCCAUCAUGUUUUGUGCGACUCAUAAAUCCCUCACUUUAGGUAUCCCCAUGCUGAAGAUCGUGUUCGAGGGUUAUGAGCAUCUGUCUCUGAUAUCAGUGCCUCUGUUGAUCUAUCAUCCGGCUCAGAUCCUGCUGGGCAGCAUCCUUCUACCCUCCAUUAAAACAUGGAUGAGCGGGAGACAGAAGACUCUCUCGCCCAUAUGAACUGCACUGUCGACUGGAAGCUGUGAAACACUUGGCUGAGCCAAACCAAACCUAACCAAAUCAGACCAGACCAGAAACAACGAGACCAAACCAGGCCGAGACGCCGUUUUACUCGCCGGGCGUUCAGUAUACGUGAGAUCAAGUGCCUUAACUCGACCUGCGGGACCUCAGACGCCAGGGACUGAAAACCAUUCCAUGAGCUUUUUUAAACAGAUACCUGAAUGUAUAUUUUUAUUUUUAUAUGAAGUGUGAAAUCUUUUCUUACUCCAACAGCACUCAGACUUUGUCAGAUGGGUUUGUUUGUGUUAUUUCGACUUCCAGGGUAUAUUUGUGUGGCUUCAUUGGGCUUAUUUUUGCAGCAGUAAAACUGUCAAUGCCCUGCUAACUUUCUUACAUGUACUUGAAGACGAGAGUAUUACUGAACCGGUGGUCGUUUGUUCUGGUGCAGUAAACGCUAAGAUCAGCUGUUCAACUGUGCCAUGUUAUGUUACUGAAGACAAUAAACAGUCAUUAACUCUG